UUGGCAGCAGUUGGAUAAAACAAAGAAGAAAAAACAGAAAGAAAGAGAGAUCAAUGGAUUCAGCCACAACCCAAAGAUUAUUGAUUUCUCUAGCAGCAACCCUCUGCCUAAUCUUGAUCCAUUCACCUCCAGUCACCUCCGCCAAUGAAAACCCUACUGCAUACGAGGUUCUUCAGGACUACAACUUCCCAGUAGGCCUACUUCCAGAAGGGGUCCUAGGUUAUGAACUCAACUCCACCACGGGAAAAUUCGUAGCCUAUCUCAAUGAUACCUGCAGCUUCUCUGAAGGCGCAUACCAAUUGAAAUACCUGUCCACUAUCAAAGGUAACAUAUCAAACGGCAAGCUAGAUAGCUUGGAAGGUGUCAGUGUGAAGUUCUUCCAUGUGUGGAUGAACAUUGUAGAGAUCCUCCGGCGGGGCAACGAUAUCGAUUUCUCUGUGGGGGUUGGCAAAGCCUGGUUCCCUAUUGAGUACUUUGAGGAGUCUCCUCAAUGUGGGUGUGGCAUGAACUGCGGUCGUAGGCAAGCAAGGAAGCUCCUUACAAAUCCUUCUGUUUCUCCUUAAUUAGUAGGGGCCGGGAAUUGAAUUGAGAUGAGUGGUGUCCUUGAAUUUCUUUGAGUUGUUUUCUGGAUUGAUCGAUGUGGGUUGUGGUUAUUUUGAUGAUUAUUAUUUAUAAUUUACGUUGGUGAUGAAAAAGGAAAGCCAAAGUUAUACAUUACCUUAUUCCUCAUAUAUGCACCUUCAAGAAUAAGGGUGCAGAAUGUAACAGUGUAUAUAUCACAUAUUUUUCAUCAAUUCAUUAUCAUUGUCAUUUAUGAUAAUGUGGGAUUUCCAGCAAUUAA